AUGGCCGGUGACCCUCGAAUUGAAGUAAUCCCUCCCAAGGAUGCUGGAAUGCGACCCUUUGAUAAGCGCAUGGCAACACACAGUCAUAUAAAGGGGCUUGGGCUUGCAUUGGCUCAACAGAGCGACCAAGGCGAAGAUGGGUUUGUCGGCCAGCUCCCUGCGCGAAUGGCCAUGAGCUGCAUUCUUUCUAUUGCCCGCGAGCGAAAGAUGGCUGGACGUGCAAUUCUUCUUGUGGGGCCCUCUGGAACCGGAAAAACAGCCUUGGCUCUUGGUCUUUCCCAAGAGCUUGGGCCAAAGGUCCCCUUUACCGCUCUGACGGGUCCAGAAGUAUUUUCGUCGGAGGUAAAAAAAACCGAGGUGCUCAUGGAGAACUUUCGCCGUUCCAUUGGUACGAUUCUAGCUUCAAUAAUGGCAAUAGGAUUGACGAUCAGGGAAAUCAAAGAGGUUUAUGAGGGCGAAGUCACCAUGCUGACCCCGGUGGAGGCCGAUAAUCCGUUUGGCGGGUUUGGCAGAUCAAUUUCACACAUUCUCGUCACACUCAAAGCAACGAAGGGUACAAAGCAAUUGCGCCUCGACCCAUCUCUUUACGAAUCCUUUCAGCGAGAGCGUAUCGCUGUUGGUGAUGUCAUAUACAUCGAGUCGGCAUCUGGCACGGUGAAGCGGGUUGGACGCUCCGAGUCGUUUGCCAAUGAAUUCGAUUUGGAGGCAGAUGAGUAUGUUCCCAUCCCAAAAGGUGAGGUACUCAAGAAAAAGGAGCUUCUGCAGCAGGUGACACUCCACGACCUGGAUGCGGCCAAUGCAAUGCCUGCUGCCCAUGGGGCAUCGCUUGCCAAUCCGCAGCUCAUGAUGCCGUGGAGAAAAACCGAAAUCACCGAAAGACUCCGCACCGAAGUGAACAAGGUUGUCAAUGAGUACAUUGACGCAGGCACCGCAGAGCUCGUUCCCGGUGUACUUUUUAUUGACGAGGCCCACAUGCUUGAUCUUGAGUGCUUUGCAUACCUCAACCGCGCCAUUGAGUCACCGAUAUCGCCGCUUCUUGUUCUCGCCACGAAUAGAGAGAUAAGAGGCACUUGCGACAAGGUCCUUGCAGCACAUGGAAUGCCCUCUGAUCUCCUCGAUCGACUUGUUAUUGUCCCAACGGCCAUGUAUACACAGGGCGAGAUUGAGAAGAUUGUUGCCAUCAGGGCAAAGAUGGAGGGUGUCGAUCUCGAUACAGAUGCCCUUCACUUUCUCGCUGAGAUUGGAUCAUCCACCUCUCUAAGGCAUCAUAUAGCACCCUUAUUCAUCAACGCCGAGAUAGAGUCCACUGGUCCCGUUGUUCGCAGAAAAGACAUCGAGAGCGCAAAGAACUUGUUCAUUGAUGCCGGUCGAUCCAUGGCACAUGUCAAAUCGACCGCCUCACAUUAA